AUGCACCUCUCGCGUUGCAACGACCUUAUCCGCACCCAGGACCGCUUCAUCAACUGGGGUCUGACUGCGGAAGAGAUCGAGGCGCAGAUCAACGUGCACCGCGACGCGAUGGUCGAGCUCGGACAUGCCCAACCCGCCCACGAUCAUCUUCAGGCGAAUUACUACCGGCUGAGCAGCUGGAUUCAUGGCUGGACAGAUGCCAGUCUCCUCGACCUCGAGGCGGUCCUGAAGCAGCUGGAACGCGGUAUCACGACGUUGGGAGCUCAGCUCGAGGCCCGCCGAGUGCUGCUCCGCGAAGCGUUCGGGGAGACCGUGUCCUACGUCCGGGAGCACCAUCCAGACACGCCUGCCGAUCACGUCUACAUGCUCCAGGAAAUCGAUCAGCGCUAUGUCGCAAAGGCACAGCAUUACGCCCGCAACGGCCCCUACCUCCUCGAACUGGAUCUGAGGCCGUACGUCAUCGACCCGCCUCCCGUGCUGGCCCAGCUCAAAGCCGCUUACCCAUCGCUCAAUGAUGCGGAGCUUGCCAACGUCGAUCCGUGGAGGUUCUGGGACAGCGACACGUUGACAGCACCCGGACGCAACCCGCCUGCAUCGGAGAGUAGCCACGGCCCUCGCCUGCCGCGCCGUCGUGGACCCCGCCAGUAA